CACCAGAUCAUGUGACUUUUUAACAGCAACCAGUGGCAGCCAGAAUAUCUGUCUGCAUUUAUUAGAAAUAAUUUUAUGUUUUGUUUUAGAUAUCACAAAGACAGACAUUAUGUUGUUAGUGUUAUCAGACGAGCAUAAGGAGCACCUGGGGUUUUUAUCCGACGUGGACCCAGCAGUUGUUGGAGAGUUUGGCAGAAUUGCUGUGGAGUUCCUAAAGAAAGGCUCAAACCCUAAGAUCUAUGAAGGAGCAGCAAGAAAACUGAGUGUCCCAGCAGAGACUGUGCAGCAUGGUGUGGAGGGGCUGAUGUUUAUUCUUACUGAAAGUUCAAAACUUAUGAUUUCUGAAGUAGACUUUCAGGAUUCAGUGCUGGUACUGGGUUUUUCUGAGGAGCUCAAUAAACUCCUGCUGCAGUUGUAUUUGGAAAACAGGAAGGAGAUUCGGCAGAUUCUGAGUGAAAUUGCUCCAUCUCUGCCCUGUUAUCACAACCUUGAGUGGCGGCUUGAUGUGCAGCUGGCCAGCAGGGCUUUGAGACAGCAGGUAAAACCUACAAUUACCUUGAAGCUACAUAUGGAGAAUGGAGAGACACGGAGUGCCAGUGUUCUGCAGACAGACCCUGCCACGCUGCUGCAUCUUAUCCAGGAGCUAGAGCAGGCGCUCACUGAGGUCAAGAGCAACCACUGUCGCCGAAUCCUCCGCAACAUCAAAUAGGAUUGUACAAAAAGUGGACACUAGGUGGUGUGCCAGGUCACCUAACACAGUGCUCAGGAGCUGUUUGAACUCUUAGUUAAUGAACUGGUAUGUUGUGACAGGAAAAACAGGAAAAUUUACCUUAAGGACCAAACACAUGAAUGUACUGAGUGAGCUGUUGGAUACAGCUAUGGCUUAAGUGAAGUUCCUCAGUGUCAUGACCUAAAUCUAUAACACACACUUAAGAAAGAUAUGAAUGAUGUUAAAACCCGGAGUGUUUAUGCGUUAUGUGUUUUGACAAUUUAUGUUCUGCAGUUAUAACAUUUUGCCAGUAUUUUUUUUAACAUAUGGUAAAAUGCAUAUUUUGGGACCAUUCCAUGUAGUAAGGAAGAAGAGUGAAAUUAAUAUUCAUUUUCACUUUUAAUAAUGUUAAACAAAAAAUAUGGUGUAAAUCUAAACUCUAGCAACUCUAAGCAACUUGCUUUGCUGUUAUUGACUGUUUUAUAAAUUCAUUAAUACAUCCUUGUAGCAUCUUGUCCUCAUGUUAAAUCCUAUGAAUUGUGAGAAAGCUCAAGCUUUCAUUUGUAAAGGGAGAAAAAUUCAGGUCACAUUUUAUCUCCUGGUUAGAUCAUUAGAAAAUGUUCCUUGGGAGUGGGAUAAUGAUUAAUUUACUAAUCAUUCACUAAUCUUACACAGGAUAGAAAAGCGGUAGAAAGGUUAUCAGCUUGAACGUGCCCAUUUCUCAGCAGUUUUACACCUAUCGCUUCCACUGGAACAAAAGAACAAAACGCAAAGGUAUGUAAGAGGAUACAAAACCGUUCCCAGUGCCAAAUUCUCAGCAAGGUUCAUUGCCUUAUAAAUGCCCGUACCAACCUGUAGACAAUUGCACUCGAGUUGUUUAGUACUCAGGGUUAAGUGGUGUGUAAAAAGGAUUAAAACUACACAGGUGUUAAUUCCAGAGUCGGUUAGUGGCCAUUUAAGGGAUACUUAGCUGUUUUUCCCCUUUAUUUGUGAUUUGCCCCAUAUUAUUUUUUGGCAUAAUUUGGACACUUGAUUGAUGUUUACACAAAUGGAUGACACACUUUGGGUUUUACUGGGUGUUUCCAAUCACUAAUUUUGGUUAUUGCCAAUUACAAAUUUUCUAUUUCAACCUAAUUAAUAUGAUGAGUGUUUAUUUUAAUGUAGUCUUAUUAAUUUAGUUUUCAUUAUCAUCAUACAAUAAGGUAACAUAGUGGUACAGGUUGUGUUGCUGUCUCACAGCUGCUUUAGUAUUGAGCUCGGGUUGCCGUGGAGCAGUGUUCUUUUUAUGGUGUGGUGUGGUGUGGCAUAGUGUUCAUCACUAUGGCCUCACACUUCCAGGGUUGAGGGUUCAAUUCCCAACUCAGGUCUGCGUGCGUGGAGUUUGCAUAUCCUUCCUGUGCUUGGUGGGUUUCCUCCAGGUAGACCGGUUUCUUAGACAGUGCAAAGACAUGCAGGCUAGACUAACUGCUAUUUCCCAAUUACUCGAAGUGUGUGUGCUUGUGGCCUGUGAGCAGAUUGCCUGUCCCCCGAGUAUGAGGAUAGGCUCUUGGCCUCCUGUAACCCUGUACAGUACAAGCAGUAUAGGAAGCUGAGUGAGUAAAAUUAAAUGUUAAAGUUCCUGAAAAAGGCUGGUCAUGUGCUGUGAUUGGCCUGAUCAAGGUUCUAAUGAAUUUACAGUCUGUAUUUUAAUUUGAAAAAAAAAAAAAAAAUCUUAUAAACUGUAAUUAACUUGGAGGGUUUGAGCUAAUCUCUGUUAUUCCACUAGGGAGCAAAAUAGAGUAAUAAACCGAAGCAUGUAAACUGAGCCACUGACAAGUCCUAAUAAUAAGUGAUUUUUUUUUACUAUUUGUAAAAAACAUAGAAUCCCAAUUAAAUCUAGUUUCCUCCAGAGUUGUAACAUUAAAAAUUUUGGAAAAGUACAAGCGGAAAAUACCUUUGCAUAGAACUGUAUGGUAAAUACUUAAAUAAUAAAUACUUAAAAAGAUGCAUUUUCUUGGUAAUAAAAUGCUUUGUGUUUGUUAAA